AUGAAGAAGAAGCAUUCAUGCGAAAAUCCAAGAAGAAGAAAUGAAGAAAUCGAGCCAAAGGAACUCCCUCAGAGAAAAUCUAGAGGCAAAAGAAUGAACUUACUUGUUGGAAAAGCCCUUGAAGAGGACGAAGCCUUCUGGGGUGCUGAUGUCUUUAAAGAAAAUGAAGAAGAUGACGAUUUUGAAGCUAAUUCUUCAGAAGCUAAGGAUAGCUUUGAUUCAGAUUUUGAUAGAUCAGAGCACUCAAACGAAGGUGAAGGAUCAGAAAUGUCAGCAGAGAAAGAAAUAAGAAUGCGUGAGAAGAAUGAGAGGAAAAAGAAACCGCCAAAGAAGGAUGAAGAAGAAAACGAAGAGAAAGACGAUAAGGAGGACAGAAGCUCGAAUGCCUCUGAAAGUGUGACAGUCACUAAAAGAUCUAAACGACUUGCUGAUAAAAGAGAAGAAGAGACUAGUGAUAGUGAGGCUGAAAGAAAAGAGAGAAAGCAGUAUUCAAGCAAUCCUCAGAAGAAUCUUGAGAGAAAGAGAGAAAUUAAGGAGAAGCAUAAAGCCUUCCUAGAACAACACGGUAUUAUUGGAGAUGUCCAAGAGAAAUGGAGCGAACUUUUAAGCAAAGAUAAGCUCUCUCCUAUUGAAAAAAUACAAGAAGCAGCUCUUACAGAAAUUAUCAACAAAGAAAGCCUGUCAUACCUUCAAGAACUAGAAAAUGAGAGGGUAAAUGAAAUGGUCUAUAGAGAUCGAAGACCAAAGGGGCCUAGUGUCAAACUUAUUCAAGAUGUCAAACCUGGACAUUACAAUAGCAGAAUGGUCUUCCCAAGCUCUGAUUUCUAUCCUAAAAACUUCAAUACCAAAAAGGAAAGGAGGGGAAAUAGCAAAUAUUUAUCAAAGAACUACCAGAUGAAUACCUGUAUGAUCACUGGAAAGAAAGCUAAAUACAGAGAUCCUUUGACGCUAACUCCUUUCGCAAACAAGGAUGGAUUUAGAGUAGUCCGUGAGAGAUAUUUCCAAAAGGAGGAAGAUAAAAUAAACAUGAGGAUCCAUGUGAUCAAUGAGUUGUUGAACCAAAAGAAGGACAAGCUUAAGAGGUAUCAAAGCUUUGACAGAAAUCUUGAAAUUUCCCAAGAACAGAGAGAAGUAAUCAUGAGAAACGCUCAGAAAUAA